AUGGGCCUCAAGUCUUACUUCCGCAAGCCGAUCAAGAAAGAUCUUCAAGCAUCGGAUCCCGCACAGCCUGCAAGCAAUGACUUCGCGCUCAGAGACCGAACAUCUGGUACACCUUCGUCCAAUGAUUCCGCUGACUCACCAGUCAUCGCUAUGCAUCGACUGAACGAUGCCAAGCACGGGCUCAUGGUAAACCACAUCUGGUCUCAGCAGGCAAGAUCGCUCUGGUACACUGGUGGCGAAGACGAGGGUGUCGUGCUCAAAUCUUCACGAGACCAGUACGUGUGUUGUCCUCCAGACUUGGAACAACCUGGUGGCUUCUUCGAAGCGAUUAAGGCUUUGAACGUCAAGGUGAUUCCCUUCGAUUCUCCCUUGCGAGCACACAGACUGAUUAAUUCCCAGAGCGCCAUGACCGUCAACACGCGCGUCAUCAGGAUCCUUCUUGAAGACAACUAUGGAAGCUCUAUGCCAAUCGGCGAUAACCUUAGGGUUCAAAUCCUUCCUGAUAUCUCGUCCCUCAGCCGCUGCGCCAAGCAUCAAUUUGCUGCAUUCAUUGCUGAUCGAAAAAUAUUGGUUGUCUGGGACGAUCAGCCAGAGAAACUCAUCAGCCGAGUCGAGAAGAUCGAAAGUCGUCUCAUGUCAAUGAUCUGGUCCAGCGGAACUGAAGAAGAGUAUUCAGAGAAAGAGAAACAAAGCACUAGAGUUUCUGUUCAUGAGCUCGACACUACCGCAAGCGAAGAAGGCGUGGUGGAGAAACCUCGACGAGUCGUCCUGCUCCACUCGACCACAACUGCGUUCACCCUAUGUCUGAUGAUCGUUACGAUCGGCACAGGCUACAGGAAGCUUGUUAGUGAAAUUUCUUACGAUCACUCUUACACCCGUUUGGCAUUGGUAGCGACUGUGCCGCCAACCGUCUGGGUAUCAUUCUUUNUCUUCCAGUCACUCGUUGCGACCGUGUUCCAGAUCUUCGGACCAAUUAGUCAAGUGCAAAGCAACACUAAAUUCUACUCUGGACUACCACCAAAACGGCUUGCAGCUGGCUCGACCUUGCCACACGUCACAAUUCAAUGCCCGGUCUACAAAGAAGGCCUCCAGAGCGUCAUCGCUCCAACAGUAUUUUCGAUCAAGGCAGCAAUUUCUACCUAUGAGAUGCAAGGCGGGACCGCGAACAUUUUCGUCAACGAUGAUGGCAUGCAGCUUCUUCCAGAAGAAGAAGCGAAGGCUCGUCAGGAGUUCUAUGAAGAACAUAGUAUCGGAUGGGUAGCUCGUCCCCGUCAUGAUCCUAAAGGCGAGCACAAUCCCAUUCCAUUCCUCCGUCGCGGCAAGUUCAAANAGGCUUCAAACAUGAACUAUGCUCUUUGGGUCAGCAACCGCAUUGAAGACAAGUUGGGCAACCUGGAUCCUAGACCCGAAUACUGGACUCAAGAGCAUGAAGCAGCUGCCUACGUCAAAGCUCUGGAGGAAGUCAUUGAGGAAGAUGAGAAUCGCACCUGGGCUGACGGCAACAUUCGUAUGGGCGAUUUCAUUCUUCUUAUCGAUUCUGACACACGAGUGCCGACCGAUUGCCUCCUGGAUGCGGUAAGCGAGAUGACGGCCUCGCCACAAGUUGCUAUCAUACAAUACACUUCCGGCGUUAUGAACGUGACCCAGAGUUUCUUUGAAAACGGUAUUACGUUCUUCACGAACUUGAUCUAUACGCAGAUCAAGUACGCGAUUGCAAAUGGCGAUGUCGCACCAUUUGUUGGGCACAACGCUAUUCUACGAUGGUCUGCAGUUCAAGAUAUCGCGUAUGAUUGUCCACUUGAUUUCAAGGAGAAAUACUGGUCAGAAGCGACUGUGUCAGAGGACUUUGACAUGGCUCUUCGCUUGCAGACUGCUGGAUAUCUGGUGCGUCUGGCCGCGUAUACCGGAGACGGGUUCAAAGAAGGUGUUUCGCUCACCGUCUACGAUGAACUAGCUCGCUGGGAAAAGUAUGCCUAUGGCUGCAGUGAGCUAGUCUUCCAUCCGCUACGAUACUGGCCGACACGAGGACCCUUCACAAAAUUGUUCCGCAACUUCAUCACGUCAGGAAUACCACUGCCGUCAAAGCUUACAACUCUGUCAUACAUUGGUACCUACUAUGCUAUUGGAUGCGCAUGGCUUCUCACUGUGGUGAACUAUUUCAUUGUCGGUUGGUACAACACCAUUCUUGACAAAUACUACCUCAACUCCUUCCAAGUCUAUCUCUCCGUCAUUGUGGUGUUCACAGGCCUAGGAAACCUUGCUCUGGGAGUCCUUCGUUACCGCAUGGGAGAACAAUCUUUGCUCAGCGCACUCCUCACCAAUGCCAUGUGGAUUCCUCUCAUGUCCAUCUUCCUCGGCGGCUUGUCGCUUCACGUAUCGCAGGCUCUCGUAUCACAUCUUGUGAGCAUCGAUAUGAAUUGGGGCGCAACAUCCAAAGAAGCCGAGAACACCACAUUCUUCCAGGAGGUGCCCAAGGUGAUCAAGAACUUCAAAUUUACGUUCUUGCUUUGUAUUGUGCUCUCGAUUGGCAUGGUUAUGCUUGCAUGCGUGGUUCCCGACUUUUGGAGGAUCAAUCAGUUCUUCGCCAUCUACCCGCUUGCUACUGUUGUCGUCAGUCACUUUUUACUUCCCAUUGCUCUUAAUCCUAGCUUGAUGUUGUUUACUUGGUAG